GUACUUUGUUUUUAUAAAUCAUGGUUUACUUUGGCGAUGAAAAUCAUGGUCGUUGGCUACAUGCCUUCUCAGAUAGUAGCUUAGGAAUUACCACAAUUACACCAUGUAUGGUUCUUGUACCCAGUGAAGAUGGUCAUCAAUUAGUAAUAGCUGAUUUCAAAAUAAGAACUGAUUCCAAACCACGCUUAAAAGUAUUUUCAGGCACAUCAAUGAUCAGUGAACAAAUUAUUCCUGAUAUUCCAGCAGGCAUCGUUACAUUUCCUGUUGACAAAUAUCAAACAAUACCAUUAGCUGUUGGCGUGGCUUGUGGAUCAGAUAUUUUAGUUUUUCGUAAUAAUAAACCGUAUUACAAGUACACUUUACCUAAACUACCAAUGGUCGAUCUUGAACAAGAUGUCUGGCGUCGAUUAAGUGAUGCACAUGUAGAUGAUAUUCCGGUUUUGAUAGAGCUUUUAAAUGCAAUACCAUUUGAAGAUUUAACGUCAAGAUCGAAAACUUUCUUAUGUAUUCCAAAAGAAAAUCGUGAAGCGUUUAUUAAAGAACAUAAAGACCUUACUCUAGAGAAGAAAUCAACAAUCACAUGCAUUACAACGUUGCCUAAAAAAAUUAAUGACUCUUUACAAUGUAUUUUUGUUGGGACAGAAAUUGGUGACAUAUUAGUAAUAGAUCCAUUAGGAUUUAGUGUUAUACACCAAGCACGUGUAUGUGCUGCAAAUGUGACACCAUUUAUAAUAUUAUGCUCUGGACAAUAUGAUGUAGACUUUCGGUGCGUGAUUGCAUGCCGAGAAGGUGUAGUUUCUGUUCUGAAACAUGGAUGGUUAGAAGGAAACGUGCUGUUUACAGUCACCGAUGGUUCAAUUGUUUCUAUGACAUUAGUACCUGAUGAAGCUACCAUAAUUAUUGCCACGAGUACCGAUCUACUUUUAUGUUAUACAAAAAAAGGAAAAAAAUUAUGGAACAUAACAUUACCGGGCAAACCGAUAACUAUAGGUACAGUCCCACUGAAACAUUACAGCUGUAAUUUAAUAGCAGUGGCGUUACAAGGUGGUAGUGUUUACUUGUACAAGGGUCGUAAACAUAUUGAUACAAUUAUUGCAUCGAAUACAGUCAAUGCAUUACUAUUUGGUCCAUUGGGUCAAGAAGAUAAUGUGAUUAUAUUGAAUACGAUGGAUGGUUCAUUGGUGAUAAAAAUAUUAAAACGUACUGCUGAUUAUGAUCAUGAUUCAAUUGAAAAUGAAGGUAGUAACAAAUCAACGCAACCAGUUAAACCAUUAGCAAUACCAAAAAAGAAUAAGUUAUUUGUAGAACAAACAAAUAGAGAACGUCAAAAUGCAAUCGAAAUGCAUCAAGUAUUUCAACAAGAAUUAUGUCGAUUACGAUUGUUGGCUGCAAGAACCACAGCUAAUUUUAUGAACACAACGGAAGUAUCAAAAGCGAUACAACUACAUGCACAGGUUGUAGGUUUGGGACCAUCAUUUACGUUAACCAUAUCAAUUAUAAUUGCCGAUUCAGAUAAACCACUAAGUGAAUUGGAAUUAAUAUUCCAUGUUUCUGCAUCUGCAUACACAUUAUCACAAUCAUUUAUGCAAUUACCAACAUUACACCCAGGUAUUACAUAUACUUUUAACACUCAAAUUAUCGAAAAAGAACCAAAAAGUUGGAAUAACGAUGGUGACAUACAUUCAACAGAUGAAAUUGAAGAAAUGUCUUAUACACCGUUAAAAAUAUUUAUUGUAAAGAAAAAUGAAUGUCAACCAUUGUCAGCAUCACGGAUUCAUUUACCAUUAACUGAACGUAUUUUGUAUUAA